CAAGGUUCUGGCUAGAGGACUGCCUCCAAUACUGGAGGCAGAGUGGUUUCACACAAGAGGGUCACACAGGUUUGCAAGCAAUAGGGGUAAGCAAGGUGAACAGAGUCUCAAGAAAGAAGGAUGAGAGAGAAAGAGUCCGAUGUUCAGAGUCCUUGUGGUGCUGGGGUACACAGUGUUGGGCCUCAGGCCUGGCUGGUGAGACCAUCAGGAGGCAAAGGCUUCAAAGUGCUCCUUCUGGGAGGAGUGCAGAUGCAACUGUCAGCUUCUCAGUUGAGGUCUGAGCCACCAGCCGUCAGAGAGCUCCGAUUUUAUGCUCAGGACUGGGUGCGGUACACCAAUCUGCAGUCGAUAAAGCCAUCCAGCUGGUCACACUCCACCCUGCUUUUAGUUAUCUGGUUAGGGCGUUCGCUGGGUACACCUUUCACGUGAUGCUCUGGCAUGACUGUCACUUUGUAACUGACGUAACUAUCAGAGUCAUAAUUAAUGCUCUAUACACAGGUUAAGUAAUUUUCCCAAGGUUGUAUGUCUAGUGAAUGGCAGAGCCAAGAACUGAACCUCAAGGGCAAAGGAAUAUCCUGCCCUCCCUACGGCAAGAACCAAACAUCUCUGCUUUUUCUCAUUCUUAAUUACUCGUACAGGAUUCUCUUGUUACUUCCUCCUAUGAAAACCCUCUUGUAAAAAAGCCUAUUUUCUUUUCUUUGAGAGGGUUCCUCUGCUGAAUGGACGUUCUCUCUACUGAAUUUGGAUCUAUUGAAUCGAUAAUUUUGCAGGCGUGCGGUGGUGCUCUUCCAUCCCUUUUUAACAAGCCCUCCGAGCGAUUCCGAUGCAAGUUAAAGGCAGAGAAUCACUCACUCACUGCUCGAGAAGUUUUCUCCAUUGGAUUAGUGAAGGUGUUUUGCAAACAGCGGCAUGAUCCACUGGGGGGCGAGGCUGGCUGCCUCGACUACUUAUCUGGAGCGCACUAGGACCGCGGCAGCGCAGGCCUCGGAAGCGGCCGCUGGGGCGGGGCCCAGCUGUUCCGGGAGCCCCGGGUCUUGCAGCUGGACCCGCCCCUGAAGGCGGACCGGAGUUGACUUAAACUCUGAGGCCCGGGAGGCCGGCUGGUCCUCCUCUCUUACCCCCGCCUGGGUUCGCGCCUGUGGGACCAAAGAAGUAAAUAUUGGAGGGACAGUGACGUGUUUGGAGGGAAAGGGAACAUAUACAAUAAUGAAAGAGUAACUUCUUAUUUAAAGGAAAAUCCAAGGGUUUUAGGAUCUCUGUGCCAGAAACGGGGAUGAAGACCAAAUAUGAUUCCUGAUAUUCAAAAGAACUGACUUUUAACACACUGCUACUACAUCAAAUCAACCAUGAAUUGGAAUGCAAAACCAGAGAGUGUUGCCUUACCCCCAAUAUAUCCUAAAAACCCGUCAUCUUUUUUGGAGCCGACUUUAAUAAACACACCAUCUCAAAGUUCUUUACAUUAUCCUGGAACUAACCAAGAAGCAUGCAUGUUUCUCAGUAAUUCAAAUCCAGUCUCACAGCCACUCCUCAACUUCAGAAAUUAUAAAACUCCUCAACAAAUCUCUGUAUCUGAUAUGCAUAGUGGGACAUUUGUGGCCUCACAAACUUCAGUAGAAAGAACAACAUAUUCAAAUGUAAAAGGACGCAAACAACUGAAUCACAAUUUGCAAAUGUCUCCAGGAGUUGCACAAAACGUAUGGUUGAAGUCGCCAGUGAGGAAUUCUAUGCCUUGUCAUACAGGGGCAACUAUGCCUCAACAAACUGGUUUUGGAACUAAUAUACCCAAGGUACUUGUACCACAGAAUCAAUUUGUAACACCAGAUACCUAUUCUGUGCAAGUACAUAUGAUCCCUUCUAAUCCUGCAAGAGUUCCUGUAACUUAUCAAGGAAACCGGGGACUUAAUUCAUCUUUAUCAGAGCGACAGGGUGACUGGGCACAACAGUAUGCAUCCAGUGGACUGACUCAUCAAGAUUACAGACUACCAAAGCAAUACAUUUAUUCACCACAAAACCUUUUGCAAGAUCCUACUCUUCAGAAACAAAAUCCUGUGCCACCGAUAUCAUUACAAGUUAAAAAUAGUCAUCCUCCAAAUUCUGCACUGACUUUGCAGCCAAAGCAGACUGCCACUGUACAGUCCUUUCAAUAUGCAGUUACUCAAACUGACAAAAGACCUCCUCCUCCUUAUGACUGUAGAUAUGCAAGCCAGCCUUUGCAAAGUACUCAGCAUGAAGUUCCUCAGAGUCAAGAAACACAUGUACCUGAAAUGAGGAAAGACUUUUGCAGAGGCUUUCAACAGCAGUGGCAAAACCUUAAUGAAAAUGUCAGCACAGUUGGAAAUUUCAGUAACUUGAAAGUAAAUACUAAUAUCAGUCAGCCUUUUAAUGAACCCAUUAGAUCUUCUAUGGAUGGUGUUGAGAUACUUGCUCAAACUAACCAAGAGGAAAGAGUGGAUUCUUGCAAUCUAACUUCAAAUCAAGCACUGGACACAAGUGCCACAAAAGAAAAGUUAGUGAGGGAUAUUAAAACAUUAGUAGAAAUGAAGAAGAAAUUUUCUGAACUGGCAAGGAAAGUUAAAAUUAAUAAAGAUCUUUUGACAGCAGCAGGUUGUAUUAAAACAACUAAAACCUCUUAUAGUGAAUCAGCUCAAAAUUCUGAACUGUCUCUGAAACAAACUGCCAAAAUCCAGUCUGGACCACAAGUAACCGUAGUUACUAAGGAGCCUGCAGAGGAUAAACCACCAACAGUAAUGGACACUGCAGAAGAAACAAAUACAACACACAGUACAUUGAAUUCCAACAUUCAGGAUACCAAGUGCAGAAAUUUUAACCAGGUCAGUUCCAUUUUUUUAAAUCCUGUGUGUUCGGAAAAGUUGCCAAUGCCAGACAAAUUACAUGAUUUGAAAGUUACGACUUCUUUGCAGACAGCAACUGAUGGGAGAACCCAUGCAAUGUUAAAUAACACCCAGUUUUCAUCAGGAAAUUUUGUCAACAUUGAAGAAAAUGUGCCAACACAGCCUGAAAAAACUUCAGUUCCUCACUCUAAAGCCUUUGAGGAAUGUGCUUCAAAAUAUCUAAAUAAAAACAGGCUACUUCUUAGUCUCCUUGCACAUGGAGAUAAAAUUGAGGAGAAAUUAUUAAAAGAUGUUCAUGAAACUAUUCAGGAUUCUAAGCCACUUUGUUUUGAAAUGAAUCCCAAUACCCAAAUCACUGGUAACCAACUGUACUUGGAAACUCCAAGUACUUGUAAUAUAAAUGCCAAAAUUUCGGACAGUUCUUUUUGUCUUGAGCGUGAGUCCUUAACACAUGGAAUAUCUCCAAAAAGUGACAGUCACUGUUCCUUGGAAUUGCUAGCAACAUGUCUUUCUCUGUGGAAAAAGCAACCUUCAGAACCUACAGAAAAAAAACAGUGUAAUGAGUCGAGAACCAACAGAACAGCAGUUGAUGUUUCAAAGCCUGUGGAUAUUUCUGAUAAGAGUCCAUUUUCAUUUGUAGGAAAUUCUCAGAAUAAGAUAGUAAACAGCUCACAAACAACUUUGUCAACGGCAGUGCAGAAUUAUGAGUCACCAGGUGCCACUGUUACAAAGGGAGCAGAACUUCAGGUUGCUGUAGUAUCACCCUUAAUUCUUUCAGAUGUGAAAACGUUGCCAGUCAAAGGAAUAACAUCUGAAGCUUUAUCUGAAACAAUGUAUCCAGUUAUUAAGGAAGGCAGUGUUUGUAGCUUACAGAAUCAAUUGGCAGAAAAUACAAGAAUUACUACUUCUUUGAAAGUUAAUGUUAAUGAAGCAGUAGCAAGUAUGACAAGUACCAAGAUUUUUCCACUUAUACAGAAGGACAAGCAAAAUGAGUCCACUAAUGGUAAUUCAGAAGACAUACCUAAUACCAAUCAAGGAGAGCACAUCAAAUCAGAACCAGAUAUUCACUAUCCUGUGAGUGAUCAGCAAAUGAGUAGUGAUAUGUUACAGAUUGACAAUAUUUGUUCUCUUGUGGAAGGUGAUCUAUCUUAUAAUUCCCAAAUAGCAAAGAUAUUCAACUCACCCCCUGUGAAAAAGGUUGAGCCACAGAAAUCUCUACCCAAUCACCAAGUGAUUAGUAGUAAACAACAAAAAGAACAAGUAGAUAGUAUCACUGUAAAGAAAGACUUUGGUUUUCAAAAAGAUAAUUUUGUUCAGUGCACAGACAUUUCACUUAAAAUACCUGAUCAGUCACAGUCACUGCAACCUCCAGAAUCCAAUAGUGAAAUUCUGGAGGAAAACGAUUUGGAGCAUAUCACUAAGAAAGAAAACACCGCGAGAAGUAUGUGUUCAUCAGCUGCUAUUCACCAAGAUAGUAACUCUCAGGAAAUUGAUGUGUUCUGCAGUUACACUGCCGAGGAUCCUGCAAGAAAUGAGAUUCUCGGUAAGACAUCCAUCUUAUACUUACAUGAUCAGCUGUCGGAACUUUUAAAAGAGUUUCCCUAUGGUAUUGAACCUGUGAACACACAUGAAGGUUCUGUAGCACAACAAUUAACAGAUCAAAUCUCAAAAGAUCAGACUUGUGAUAAAACCAGCUGUGACUCCAAAGACUCACCAGACCAAAUACAAAUUACAAUAUUAAACUCGGAGCAAAUGAAAGAAUUAUUUCCUGAACAGGACGAUCAAUCCUGUGAGGUAGACAAAUUGACAGAACCUCAGAAAGCAAAGCCUAUCACAAAAGAAGGAAGCCAGUGUGACCUACAAGUGCAUACAGAUGGAGAAGGUUGUAAUUCUGUAGUGGAUUCGGAGAAAGAUGAUGUCGGUUGCUGUGCCUUGGGGUGGCUUUCUAUGGUUUAUGAAGGAGUACCCCAAUGCCAGUGUAAUUCCAUCAAGAACUCUACUUCAAAGGAAGAAAAAGGGAAAGAUCAGUGUUCUCCUUUGGAGACCAACAGUUGUAAGCAAGGAGAAUGUACCUCUGAUAGAGAUGUUCUGACUGGAUUUAGUCCUCCAAAUAACAAUCCAAAGAUUGCUCUGACUUUCCCGGAUGGGAGAAACGAUUUUCCUGAAAUAGAACAAAGCAAGACUGCAAAAGAUACAUACAAAAGAAAACAUAACAGCCCACUAAGGAUGCAGCAAGAAUUAUCUGGUCAACCUUUAUCUAAAGGUGAUAAAAACCUAGAUUCCUCGCAGAGUCGCAAAAGAAAAAGAAAACUGAAAUUUCAUGAGAUAAUUUUCCACUCUAGUAAUAAAACAAAAUUUUCUCAAGAGAAUCUGCAGAGGAAGCCCAUAGCACAAAACUCAUAUCCACUAAAAGCAAAGACGGGUUUUUUGACAAACAAAAGUAAAGAUCUGCAUAUGAAGAAUGGUUCCUUGGUACAAUCAAUGCCAGAAAAGAGAAAAUUGAAAGUAGGUGACACUGAACAAAAAGUUGCAGAAAAAAGGAAGUCAGACAAAGGGAGUAUACUUGAUUCAGAGAUAAAGAGGAUGAAAUAUGAUAAACAAGAGCAGAAUAAAAAUGGAGGUGGUACAUUUAAAAUAUGUAAUUUUUUGUCAACACCAAGUGAAAGAGCCAGAGUUAAAGAAAAGAUAGUAUCAAGUAAGUCCCCAGGCUCUAAGGAUAGUUCAUCUAAAGUUAAUAGAGUUCUGUCACAGAAAGAGUAUUUACAAAGGAAGAAGCAUAAAGAAGCAAUGAGUGGCAAAGCGUCAAAGAAAAACAUACCACGUGAUUCUCAAUACAUGAGGUCCAGUAAACUUUCUUUGCAAGUAGGGAGUUGUGGGAAAUCAAACGAGAGACACAGUAGCAGUGUACAGACUUCUAAAGAAACAAAUAUUUGUAUAAGCCAUGGUAAAAACCUGAAAAUCCACCAUUCUGAGGAGUCUAAAACACACAUUUCGAGAAAUGUUAAAGGAACAGUUGGUGGAAAGCAACCUGACAAAAUGUGGCUUGAUAAAACCAAUUUAGCGGAAAAUGUAAACAAUAUAAAUAAUGAAAUUGAAUUCACCCAGAUGUCUCCCCAAGCAAAGGAGCAAAGAAAACAGUAUCUGAACAGAGUUGCAUUUAAAUGCACUGAAAAGGCGGGCAUUCGUCUUACAUGUUUUGAGAACUUACCCAAGAAGUUCAAUACAGAGAAGAGACUGGAAGGUGAAACUAAGAGCCUUUUACUUUUACCUAUGAAAGAUUCCACAGAAAAACAAAGCAUGCUUCAGUUUAAAUUAUGUCCAGAUGGGCUGAUUAAUAAAAGUACAAACUCUGCUGAAGACCAGAAGGAUCUGCAGCCUUGUCCUAGAAAGGAGCAAGCCCCCUUGCAAGGAAUAAAAAGUACAAAAGAAGACUGGUUAAAAGGUACAUCUGAGGAGAAAAGGAUUCCAGAAGCCAACCAAGAAAUCGAUGAUAAUGUUUCGACUAAUUCAAGAAUUGCCAAGAGAAGCUCCAGUGCAGAUGGAUGUGAGACACUACAAAACCCAGUGAAGGAUUCAAAAGCAAUGUUUCAAACCUAUAAAAAGAUGUACAUGGAGAAGAGAAGCAGAAGCCUUGGUAGCAGUCCUUUAAAAUAAUUGUGAGACUUGAGUUCUUCUGAUGGUUCUGUAAUUGCCACGAGAAAACUUCUGUCAUUUUCUGUUCAGAAUAUUUUGUUGGAAAUACUCAGAAUUGCUAUGAUAAAAUGUCUUAGAGAGUUUGGUUACCACUUAGGUUAUGUAUGUCAAUGACAUGAAAUUAGUUAAAAUAGCCUGAGAAUCUUAUUUGUGGGUAACUGAUGUAGAUGGUAUUUGUCAAAGAAACCAUAAGGUAUUGAAUUUCAAAAUUAUUGAGCCAAGUUUACCAUGUUUUAAAACAAAUUCUUAAAUGUUAUUUUGAAAUGCUACCCAUUCUGAGGGAGGAUAUUCCUCAGUUAAGGACUUGUUUAUUUUAGCUGGGACUGCAAAUGUAUUUUUGUUUUUAAAACUUACUAGCAAAACUUAGUUUUCUUUCAAAAGUGCUUACUGUGAAUGUCAAAAUAUAUUCCUAAGUAUUUUAUACCUAAUUGUAAACUUUUUGUCAAAAGUCUUGUUUUAUACUUGUUAAACUGAACAGAAUUU